CUUCCUGUUGUGAAUGUGGACUUGUCAGUCUCUGCCAUAGGAACAUGGGAGGCAACCAGACAUGGAUCACAGAAGUCACCCUGCUGGGAUUCCAGGUCGAUCCAGCACUGGAGCUCUUUCUCUUUGGACUUUUCUGCCUCUUCUAUACCCUCACCCUUCUCAGGAAUGUAGUCAUCCUAAGGCUUAUCUGCUUAGACUCUAGACGGCACACCCCCAUGUACUUCCUCUCUCACCUGGCCAUUGUUGACAUGUCCUAUGCUUCCAACAGUGUCCCCAAGAUCCUGGCAAAAAUCUUGUGAAUCUGAAAAGAACCAUCUCCUUUGUUCAUGCAGACUUUUUUGUAUCUGGCUUUUGCUCACAUAGAGUGCCUGAUUUUGGUCAUGAUGUCCUAUGACCGGUUUGUGGCAAUCUGCCAUCCCCUACAUUACACUGUCAUCAUGAACUGGAGAAUGUGCAUGGUCCUUGUUGUGACUUCCUGGGUGUUUAGCUUCCUCUUGGCUCUGGUCCAUUUAAUUCUCAUCCUGAGACUGCCCUUCUGUGGGCCUCAUAAAAUCAACCACUUCUUCUGUGAAAUCCUGUCUGUCCUCAAGUUGGCCUGUGCUGACACCUGGCUCAACCAAGUGGUCAUCUUUGUGGCCUGUGUGUUUAUCUUACUGGGGCCCCUCUGCUUCGUGCUGGUGUCCUACUCACACAUCCUAUUUGCCAUCCUGAGGAUCCGGUCCGGGGAGGGCCGCAGAAAGAUCUUCUCCUCCUGUUCCUCCCACCUCUGUGUGGUGGGGCUCUUCUUUGGCAGUGCCAUUGUCAUGUGCAUGGCCCCCAAAUCCCACCACCCUGAGGAGCAGCAGCAGAUUCUUUCCCUAUUUUAUAGCCUUUUCAACCCUAUGCUGAACCCACUGAUCUACAGCCUGAGGAAUGCAGAGGUCAUGGGUGCCCUGAGGAGAGCACUAUAUAAGCAGAGGCACACGUGA